CAAAUUGCGACACCCUGCGCUACCGCCAUAUUGGAAUCACAUUUUUCACCAAAAUUGCAGCUCUUGGUUUGAAACGGUUUGUGAGCAGAAAUAUGAAGUGCCUUGCCGUAAGCACUUUCCUAGUGGUAGGAAUUAUUUGUAUCUACCAUUUUGGCCAAUCUGAAGCUGCAGAAAAGAAGACUGGACCCAAAGUUACGGACAAAGUCUACUUUGAUAUCACCAUUGGAGGAAAGGAGGCAGGCAGGAUUGUUAUUGGACUUUUUGGAAAGACUGUCCCUAAAACUGUAGAAAAUUUCAAGAAACUAGCUGAAGGAUUUGAGAAAGGUGGAGAAACCCUCACCUACAAAGGCAGCAAAUUCCACCGCGUCAUCAAAGACUUCAUGAUCCAGGGGGGUGACUUCACCAAUGGAGAUGGCACAGGAGGCAAGAGUAUCUAUGGCAACAAGUUUGAUGAUGAGAACUUUAAAUUGAAGCAUUUUGGAUCUGGCUGGUUAUCCAUGGCUAAUGCAGGGAAAAACACCAAUGGCUCACAAUUCUUCAUUACUACUAAGAAGACUGAAUGGCUUGAUGGAAGACACGUUGUAUUUGGAAAAAUUUUAGAAGGAAUGAAAGUUGUUAGAAAAAUUGAAAGUUCAAAAACAAAGCCAGGAGAUAAACCAGAAGAGGAUGUUGUCAUUGCUGAAUGUGGAUCUCUGGAUGUUGAUACACCUUUUGCUGUUGCCAAGGAGCCUUCAGAUGAAUCCAAAUAGAUUGCUCAAAUUUUGGAGUGUUUAUAAGGGGUCCAUCUUAAAAGAAACAUUUCCAAUUUCACCACCUUUAGGCUAAGCAGUCAAUGACAAUGAGCAAGGACUCGUAUUAGAACAUUCAAAUGCUCAUUCUACACCUGAAAUAAUAGUCUUAUCGCACACAAUUUUUCCAGAGUAGAUAUUUAUUUGUUGCCAUAUUAUGAACAGUUCUAGGAAUAUAUUCUAUCAUUUUUAUCAUAUUCAGAUCAUAUAUAAGUAGAACAUAUUGUUUUGAUCAUGUAUGAUUCUAUGCAUUCAAAACAAAAAAGUUAUGUAUAAAUGGGAGGGUUUAGAUGGGGUUUAUCCCAAGAUUAAUAUUCAGUGUCCAACGAGGACUGAAAGUACAAUUAUGUUUACUAUGUAUAUAUUUCUUGAAAGAUUAAUCCUUCCAUGACUAGGAAAGAUUAACCCCUUCAUGACUACGGAGCAUAACAUUUGUCCACCCAUU